AAGCUUCAUUAGUGACACCAGAUCAUCGAGAGAAGAUGAGAAUUUCUGCAUUUUCGAGAGCUGUCUACAGCAGGAGACUUUACCAAAUCGUGGCGCAACUUUUGUUGAUAGGUGCUGGUUUCCUAACUGUCUGGGCUGACAACCAGCUGGAUUCCCACGAGAUCGACUAUAUUCCUAAAAUGGUCCCUUCCAGCCCAGACUCCCUUCAAAGAGACAGUUCCUCUGGCAAGACUGCGGCAUCAACAAGUACCAUUACCGCCCAGACGCACGACUAUCCUUCCUUGAUCAAGGAAAUUCUGAACAGCCACAAGCAACAACAGCAGAAGAAACGACCAGUUCUCCUCGACGCGCAUGACCAGAAUCACAUCGGCCUACAGAGCGGACUCUUCAUCACGCAAAGCAACAAGGAUAUCCCGGAUCCGUCUUACACGACCAAGUUUGCUACAGGUAUCCCACAGGUCGUCAAUAACGUCCGAUACACGCCCAAUACUAAGCCGCUCUUCACAGUACCUACAAUCCAUCAAAGCGUCAACGACGACGGCGGGUCUCUGAAUCACAAAGUCCGCCAUGGCGAUUCAUUCCAUUCGGGGAUCGUGUACAGUGGCGGUUCAAGCACCCAGUACGGAGCCUACAAGACUAAUGAGGUUUAUACCGGCGCUUGGGUCUACGGCACACCCCUGGAGGAAGGGCUGGAAACGGAAGAGACUCCUGAACCGGUGAUCAGCAUAGACCCUCUAGGGCCUCGGUUUGACAGGUCUCUGCCCAGAAACGUGACGGUGCACAAGGGAGAAAGAGCCGUGCUGUCGUGUAAAGUUGUUGGGAAGACUGGAAACUCGGUAUCCUGGAUAAGGCAUGAGGACCUCCAUAUCCUGUCGGUCAACAACGACAGUUACACCUCCGACAGCAGGAUCUCCAUCAGACACCAGGAAUCCCCGGAGGACGACAAGUGGAUAUUGACCAUCGAGGAAGUUGCCGAGCAAGACGCAGGCAUGUACGAGUGUCAGGUCUCCACCAAGCCUGUCCUCAGCUUCAUUGUGAACCUGCUCGUGAUCAUCCCGAAGGCGGAAAUCCUCAACGGACCAGAAAUCUUCGUCCACAAAGGGUCGCUGAUCAAUCUCACCUGCGUGGUCACGCACGGCACGGAGAAACCCGUCUUCGUUUAUUGGUUCCACCACAACAAGAUCCUCGACUACGAGGGCAGGGGAGGGGUCACAGUCAACACCAUAGCGAGCCGCGAUACCGUCAGCUACCUGGUGAUGAGAAACGCCAAUGCCAAUGAUUCGGGGAUCUAUGGCUGCAAGCCUUCCAUAGGGGAGGAUUCACUGGCUACGCUACAUGUCCUCAAUGGAGAACACCAAGCAGCGAUGCAAAUCAACAGCAGUUCGAAAAUGACCACGGAUUGGAAGCAAGUUCUGACGUCAUUUGUUGCUGCUCUGUGGUAUCUAAGCUGGAUCAGGAUUGCGAUGGAAAAUGAAGCUGGGAUCAACAGGAUAUAGGAUUUUGACUUCGGUUUUAGAGACAGAGAUCAUGUUCGUGGCCCCAAACUCAUCACCGAAGAGAAUUAUGGGUCGCUGAAGCUGGAUUUUGGGACGCUUCGAUGCCGAAGUGAGACGGAAAGUCCUUUUGCAUAUCACUCGUUACACCGGAAAGAUAUUCGAUUGUGGGCAUGACGUCACAGCAUGCCAUGGUCUUCUUUCUGUGAAAGACAAAGACGAAGACGAGGACCUGAAAGGCGGGAAGUGCUUCGAACACCGUCGAUGAAGCGGUGCUGGGAAGUGAAAUGCGCAAUUUGUUCCUGUACAGAGAAUGUUUUGUAAUAUAAAGUUUAUAUAGUAUUAAGCGAUGUACAUAAUACUAUCAACAGUGACUUCAUCGUUAAAUACCGCUGUAUAUAAUAACGUCGGGAUUAUAUUCAUGUUAAUUAUCAUAAUUGUGUUUAGGUUUUUAUCUAUACCUGUGAAAGUCAUUAUGUCGCGAAAUAUUCGAAAUGUGAAUCUCAUUUUCAUAGUUUCGCUAGUGAUGACCCUCAUGGAAAUCUG